AUGGUAUUGGCUGUUAUGCCCCUGUUAUCCGCAGAUAACUCGACAGAGUCGUUUUUAGGCUGGUCCGAUAACAAUGACACUGUCAUCAACACAACCCCUCUCUGGGCGCUCUCUGACCCUUUCCGGCAAAAUGAGACUGAUUCGUCUAGAAUUUAUUCCUGGACAACAGAAAACGGUACAAAUGCGACUGACAGCAUAUCUCAGGUGAAUGACACAGACAGUAUGACUGACGGGAACACUGGAGCCCAGGAACACUUCUUAACACCUCCCAUUCCAAAACUGGACUAUGAAUUCAAUCUGGCCGCCACUAACAGGUUUCUUGCCACAGAUAUUACGAAGUAUAUCUGUGGGUCUGGACGGCUCUGCAAUCAAACCCAAACACCAGAUAGUGGUCAUUGUAUUGCUGAAUGCAUGCCUUGUCAAUGUGACGAAAUGUGCCACUUCUACGGAGACUGCUGUCCAGAUCUAUUAUUUAGCGACUCUCCUCACUUCCCGUCAACUCCUUUCUCUUACGUAUCCUGUUCGAAGGAAUAUUGGACAAUUUGGGGGAACUUAUCAGAUCUAUUUAUGGUGAGUUCGUGUCCAGCUGUCACUGAUCCCAUCAUAGCAGAUAAAUGCGAGCGACACGAUAAAAACGAUCAAGACCAAGCCACGCCCGUGUCGGUUUUGAACUCCCAGAUCACCUAUAGGAACAAAUUCUGUGCUCAGUGUCACGAUGUGCCUGAUGCCCAGGCUUGGAGACAUCAUGUCGCCUGUAGGACGAAUAAUGCACUUAACACUGCCAAGUCAAAGGCUGAUUUGUGGCGUCGUGUGUUGGCGGAUGAAUGGUGUGAAGUAGAGUCUUAUCCACCUGAUGGGGUAACUCCUAGGGAAUGUUACCACUCUAAAGUGAACACAUGUAAGGAAAACUCCGAUCCAGUGAUAGAAAACCUAUGCUUGUCUUUUAAAAACACAUUGCAUUAUUACGGUGAAGAUGCAAGUUACACCUCGUAUAGAAAUAUAUUUUGUGCUGCUUGCAACGGAGAAAGGCUGAGCAAAUCCAUGGGUUGUACCAGAGUGCUCAGUCCUUUUAUACCACUGCCUCUGAACGUGUUAUUGGAUUUCAACCCAAAGUCCGGACAGCCUCAAACAGCUGGGAAGGAAAUACGGAUGUGUGACAGGGACAAGGUGUUUGAUCCCUUCUCGGACAAGUGUCGUAAUAUUACCUGUUCUGAUGGAAGUAGCUUGAAAGAUGGAAUCUGCAAAGAGAUUGUCGAACGUGGGGAUUUUAUUGGAUAUCUGUUUGACGUCACUCUUUCACCAGUCAACUCUUCCGCUCGCAUUCCCCAGAUAUCACUCUUCAUGAGACAGUACUUAACCACAAUUCAAGAACAGCUUAUGGAUUUCCCCGGAAGUCUCGUCACACUUUUAACAGUUUCCUUCUACAUUGGUAAAGAUGAGAAAUAUGAGAUGACUGAGCUAGGAGAGCUCGUUACUGUCAGCGGAGAAAUCUUUACACACGGUCAGGCAAAUUCCACAGAACUAGAAAAGACUUUGUCCAAUGUUUUGUCUCAGGAUUUCUCUUUUAACGUCUCUAGAGAACUCAUCCCAUUACUAAGCAGACCAUACUUUUGUCCACGACCGUUUGAACGUCCAACGGGUAUGAAACUUCAAACCAACAUUUCUGAAGAUUUCUCAAUGUCAAUUGAGAAAUUUCCCAAAUGUCAUCGUUCUGAAUGCUUCGUGAAUGUGACGUAUCAAACCAUACCACUAAAUUGUCCGUUUGUCGAAUACUCUGAUCGUUUCGAGGAAAACUUUACAUUCGACCCACUGACGUACACUUUGGAAUUCGAAAAUUAUUCCUUUUCGCUAAACCUAAACGAAUUCCGUUGCUGUGGAAGAGUCCUAAGGAUCUGUGUGGACACCAUCGCCAACAUCACUCAAGUUAUAUUUGGGGACAAAACAGAUCCAGUAAGGGAUGCUCAAGAUAUGGCUCUCUCCAUCGUGUCCCUGAUCUGCAUCAGUUCAUCUCUUGUCGGCCUAUUGUUGACUUUCCUCACCUACUGCGCAAUACCAAAACUUCGCACGUUGCCUGGAAAAAACAGCAUGGCGCUUGUAUUCCAUCUGUUUUGCUCUCAUCUUCUCUUCCUGACGACAUCUAAUCGGACGACAAACGUCGUAUUGUGUCAGGUGUUUGGAGUACUUCUUCACUAUUUCUGGAUAGCCUCAUUUACUUGGAUGUUGGUCUCUGCAUACCAUAUGUACAACGUCUUCACAAGUGUUCGAGCUUACGUCGGCGAUAGUAAAAGAGACUUGAAAAGGCUGAUGAUGUACACACUAUGUAGCAUUUUCGUUCCCAUGAUAACCAUUACAUCUUGUCUAGUAACACACACGGUUCAAAGCCAAGGAAGAGACCUCGGAUACGGCGGGACCAUUUGCUUUCUGCAUAGUCCCUUGGCAAUUGGCGUUUUCUUUAUCGGGCCACUAGGUCUUAUUCUUGUCCUGAACGCUAUAUUUUUCACGAAGACAAUCCUUGUGAUACGAUCAGUGCCUGACAUGACGGAAGCCUCCAACAAAUCGAAAAAGCAACAUGUUUUUGUCUACAUCAAGUUGUCCCUGCUUUUCGGCUUUACUUGGAUAUUCGGGAUUCUGGCUGCCAUUUUACAGUCUACUGUACUAGAGUACGUUUUUACCGUUUUGACAGGGAGUCAAGGCGUUAUGAUCUUUUUGGCCUAUUGUGUGAAUGAGCGUACCUGGACAGAACUAAAAUCCAGAGUAUCUGGUGAUAAGGCAUUCCCGUCCUCCAUGACCUCAAGAGCCAGAUACACAACUUCUACAGACACCACUCUAUAA